ACGCCAUUCACUUCCCAAGCGAGUUAUUUCGUUAACCGGUUUGUCCCGAAACUAUUCGAAUCGAGAGAAAGCCACGUCAGAUCUUCUCUGAUGGCAAUUAACCAAAAAGGAUAACCGAAGAAGCAGAGAGAGAGAGACGAUGAGAGCUCUGACAUGGAUGGGAAUGGCGCCGCCGCCGCUGGCAAUGGUGGCGCGAACGACGACGACAUCGACGGUGGUUUCGUUACGACGGAUGAAUCUCCGGAUAGUUCGCGUCUGUGUUAGAGCCACGGCGUCGUCGAGUGCGGCGGUUUCCGGCGGAGGAGUAGUGGAAGCGGUGGAAUUGUCUGAGAUCGGAGAGAUGAGUAAGAAAUGGAAGUGGAAAGGAGAAUAUUCCAUAAAUUACUUCGUGAAGAGUUCGCCGGAAGAAGUAACUCCGGCGAGUCAGACUGUUCUCUUGGUUCAUGGCUUUGGCGCCUCGAUUCCUCACUGGCGAAGGAACAUAAACGCACUCUCCAAAAACCAUACAGUGUAUGCGAUUGAUCUUCUUGGAUUUGGUGCUUCAGAGAAGCCACCUGGUUUUAGCUAUACAAUGGAGUCAUGGGCUGAACUGAUUCUCAGCUUCUUGGAGGAAGUAGUUCAAAAACCAACUAUUUUGAUUGGAAACUCUGUUGGAAGCCUUGCUUGCGUCAUCGCUGCUUCAGAAUCACAAGGAGAUCUGGUCAAAGGUCUUGUUCUGCUGAACUGUGCUGGUGGUAUGAACAACAAGGCCGUGUUUGACGACUGGAGAAUCAAGCUGCUGAUGCCAUUACUCUUGCUUAUCGACUUCUUACUCAAGCAGAAAAGAAUUGCUACCGCACUCUUCAACCGCGUUAAAGACAGGCAUGUCGUCAUUACAGGGGAAAAUCUCAAGAACAUCUUGUCAAAUGUUUACAUCAACAAGGAAAAUGUAGACGAUACACUUGUAGAGAUUAUCGCUGGACCAGCAAAUGGCGAAGGUGCACUAGAUGCAUUUGUUUCGAUCUUAACCGGUCCACCUGGACCAAACCCGAUUAAGCUGAUUCCGGAGAUAACCAAACCGGUUCUUGUCUUAUGGGGAGACCAAGAUGGGUUAACUCCUCUCGAUGGUCCUGUAGGCAAGUACUUCUCGUCACUUCCGGAUCAAUUACCUAACUUCAACCUCUAUGUUCUUGAAGGCGUUGGACAUUGCCCGCAAGAUGAUCGUCCGGAUCUUGUCCAUGAGCGUCUACUUCCAUGGCUUGCUCAGCUUUCUUCCACAUAGUCUCUGUUCGUUUCUACCAUGUGUAUACACUUACUAGUACUAUGUUUAUAAAUGUGUAACAUGUAUUGUUGAGCCUAUGCACUAGAUAGCUAAAUUCUACCAAUUUUUAUUUGAAAAAAAAAGACAAAUGGUCUAAUCGUUUAUAAGUUAAUUCCUUUAUCGACUUAACAUGUAUUUUUUUUUGCACGUAUUGUAAACAAUAUCAUGUGACAAGCUAUUUUACAUGA